AUGGCCAACAACGACUUUCUCAGUUUACUCCGUCGGCUUUUAGAGCAUGUACAGGAGGACCCGGAUUACGUCGAGUCGUGUCUCGACUCGCUUUCCAAAGAUGAUAGAUCUGCGUUUAAGAAGUUCUCCCGGAUGCUAACAGCAAAACCUAAAGGUCCAAAGCAAAAGACAACGAUCAAGAAGAUUACGGAUAUCUCAACGAUUGAGCUAUCGGCUGGGCUGCAGAGUCGUCUCAAAAGCUGGGCGGAAAACCCUGCCUUAUUCUUCGAUGGCAGCGUGAAUAAAGCGCGAAAUUACAGUACUGUGGCAACAAUAUUCUCCAGAAUUCGGCAAGAUGAGGGUGAACGAGAUAUUUUGACGAUUAAACGACGGUUUGACCUGAUGGCCCUAUAUAGAUCUGCGGUAUCUUACGGCUCACACACUGGGACCUCCUGGCGAAAUAACGGAGCAAUUAAUUUUGCAACUAUUAUCUACAGAGACUUGUCGCGAUAUGACAAGGAAGACUUUAAUGGUAUCAUACGGGACGUCGAGCGAUGGGUUGAUUUGGGGCAAGGUUUUUACACCUGGGCCGAGAAGCUGGGUUCGCCAGGCUACCUCCUGAUAAUGCCGCUGGGACUCUGCGAAACUAAAUACGCGGAAAGGCAUUAUCAUCCAAAAAUUGAGGAAGGUGCAUCCUAUCUUCGCAAAAUUGGUAUUGGUACUAUUGCAAAAGAGUACCGGGCUGUGUCCGUUGGCGAAUAUAUCUCACAGAAUACCUUGAAGCACCUCGGACAGCUAACCUUACCGAAUAUACCUACGGAAUCAGACAGUGUGAGUUUACGCGCCAAUGAAGCAGCGAGUGACCCUCCUAGGGCGCACGGUUUCCGGACCUCUUCCUCUCCAAUAGUCAAUGUGCCAACGGGCAAUACGCAAGCUGCUUCCAAGAGACAAGGCCUGGCUCAAAAUAGUUUGUUUCAAGGAAGCAACAAUACUCAUACAGUUGGCAAUGCCGAGAUCGCAAGCUCUACUCAGAGCUCGUUUUCCUUGAACGAUAACGGGUCCGAGGAUGGCACAACGGUGAUCAGUAGGGCAACGAGUUCUUCCCAGCCUGAUGAAUCUACCCAAUGUAUGGAUGCUGGGAUUGCUGUGGAGUCAACCCACGCGCGGCGCUCCCCGACGGGUAAUGAUGAGGCUGCUUUAGCCACGGAAUCGAGUACUCCCUCCCAAGGCGGGAGUCCGAACGCUACAAGGCACGAACGGCAGGCUGGUUCGCAGAUAGGAGAAUCUAGGGAGCAGGGUGACGGCCAAUCAAGAGCGAAACGUCGGCGACGAAAUGUUCUCCGGGGCAGACAGGCGACCUCCCAGAACGCGCAAGGCCAGGCGGAGGGCGCCGUCACUAGAAAUAUCCAAUCCAACACACACUUUGAAGCCCAUCUACCAGAAGUAAGAAUGGGAAUACAUGGCGACAGUGUGGGCUCGUCUACAGAAACGGAAGUUCCAUGGAUGCAGGCUUCUCCUGAAGCAUUCGAAAUCGGGCAACAAGGGCGGGGUACUCCAGGAGGAACGGGUGCGGGUGGCAUAACAGGCACUGUAUUUGGUCAACAUGGAUUGAACUAUCACAAUGCAAUGGCUAUUCUGGCAGAACAGGCUUCUGCAACACGUGCGAAACGUCGCCGGCCCGAUAUUGCAUCGAGAGACCUGACAGGUGCUAUAUUCGAUCAACCUGGAUCGACCCGUCGCUCCCGGAAUUUGCUAGGCCAGGCGGAUAGCGACGUGUCCGGGCACAGUCCAAUGGUAACCAACCGAGCCAAAAGCAAUCAUCCUCGUGUGCAAAAUCAAGACGGUUUCACGCAAGCGUCGAUCCAACAGGCCGACGUUACCAACCAACUACUACCACAGUCCACGGCACAUCUUAACCUAGAUAAUCUGGCACACACGUCGAAAUAUCGACCAAGUGCGGCAAAAUAUGCCUCAACCGGAUUCCCCCCACGCAGCGGUGCAAACAUCGCUCAAUCCGAAUACAGACCAUGGCCAUAUAAGUACAACACCUGGUAUGGACGCGUGUUUACAACCAUGGGCGAAUUACGCGGCUAUGGCACAAAGCUCACUAACUAG